GCCCGUGGGUUGUGCGUCGGGACCAUGGUCGGGACGGGGGCACUGUGUAGCUGUAGGCUUGUCAAAGAUGGAUAUUAAAAAUCAGUGAAGGAGUGUAUGAGAGACCUGGCUUCAGUGUGAACAGUUGUGUAAUUUUCGCUUCAAACUGAAAGUUGUAUGAGGACUCACGGAGGAAGAGGCGCUUCAGUCGUAGUGAGGUAGCUAAUGUAGCUGAGUUGGGGAGGGCUGUAGCUGCUGCUGCUGCUGCUGCUGCUGGGGUUUUUUUUGGAGAGGGAAAACAACAUGGCUGCUGUGGAGCUCGAAUGGAUCCCAGAAACACUGUACAACACGGCUAUCUCAGCUGUGGUGGACAACUACAGCCGAUCUAGGAGGGACAUUCGUUCGCUCCCGGAAAAUAUACAGUUCGAUGUUUACUACAAGCUUUACCAGCAGGGCCGGCUCUGCCAGCUCGGAGGGGAGUUCUGUGAGCUGGAGGUGUUUGCUAAAGUGCUGAGGGCCUCAGACAAAAGGCACCUCCUCCACCACUGUUUCCAGGCCCUGAUGGACCACGGUGUGAAAGUUGCCUCAGUUCUGGCAAACUCCUUCAGCCGCCGCUGUUCCUACAUCGCGGAGUCUGACGCCCAUGUCAAAGAAAAGGCCAUCCAGUUUGGCUUUGUGCUCGGUGGAUUCUUGUCUGAUGCGGGCUGGUAUGGAGAUGCAGAGAAAGUGUUUCUGUCGUGCCUGCAGCUGUGUACGCUCCACAGUGAGGUCCUCCAUUGCUUCCGGGCUGUGGAAUGCUGUGUUAGGCUGCUUCAUGUCCGCAAUGGUAACUGUAAGUAUCAUCUGGGGGAGGAGACCUUCAAACUUGCUCAGUCUUACAUGGACAAACUAGCCAAACAUGGCCACCAGGCCAAUAAGGCUGCGCUGUAUGGUGAGCUUUGUGCCUUGCUCUUCGCCAAAAGCCACUAUGAUGAGGCAUACAGGUGGUGUAUAGAGGCUAUGAAGGAGAUAACGCCAGGGUUGCCUGUCAAAGUAGUGGUUGAUGUCCUUCGGCAAGCCUCCAAGGCCUGCGUUGUGAAGAGAGAAUUCAGAAAAGCAGAGCAGCUGAUCAAACACGCAGUGUUUCUAGCAAGAGAGCAUUUUGGACACAAGCAUCCCAAGUACUCUGACACGCUACUAGAUUAUGGAUUUUACUUAUUAAAUGUUGACAACAUAUGUCAAUCAGUGGCUAUUUACCAGACGGCGCUGGACAUUCGACAGUCUGUGUUUGGUGGGAAGAACAUCCAUGUUGCCACAGCCCACGAAGACCUGGCCUACUCAUCAUACGUGCACCAGUACAGCUCUGGGAAAUUUGACAAUGCCCUAUUUCAUGCAGAACGUGCCAUAGACAUCAUCACUCACAUUCUGCCUGAGGACCAUCUGCUGCUGGCCUCCUCCAAAAGAGUCAAAGCGCUGAUCCUAGAGGAAAUUGCCAUUGACUGCCACAACAAAGAGACAGAAGAGCGCCUCCUGCAGGAGGCUCAUGAUCUGCACCUCUCCUCUCUUCAGCUGGCCAAGAAGGCUUUCGGAGAGUUCAACGUCCAGACAGCCAAACACUACGGCAAUUUAGGACGACUCUACCAAUCUAUGAGGAAGUUCAAGGAAGCGGAGGAGAUGCAUAUCAAAGCCAUCCAGAUCAAGGAGCAGCUCCUGGGCCACGAGGACUACGAGGUAGCUUUGUCUGUGGGUCACCUGGCCUCCCUCUACAACUACGACAUGAACCAAUAUGAAGAUGCUGAGAGACUCUACCUGCGGUCCAUCGCCAUCGGAAAGAAGCUGUUUGGAGAAGGUUACAGUGGGCUGGAGUACGACUACAGAGGCCUCAUCAAACUCUACAACUCAGUAGGAAAUUAUGAGAAGGUGUUUGAAUACCACAACGUGCUGUCCAACUGGAAUCGACUGAGGGACCGUCAGUUUGCUGUGGCAGACGCCCUGGAGGACGUCAACACCACGCCACAGCAGACCCAGGAGGUGGUGCAAGCUUUCUUAUUGGCUCAGAGCUUGGGCCCCACUCGCCCCUGUCUCGGCUGAUUUUUAUGAGGGAUUAGACGAAGAGGAGGAAAAAAAAAGACACGUGGGGGUUGGCCUGGUGAGGACACAGUAUAAACCCAAAUGUGAUGCUUCCGUUGCACACAAUUAAUUAGAAACACACAAAUCAUUUCAAGCAUCACUGGCAGGUGAGUUGGCUCGUGUAGGUCGGCUACACCUGCCAGCAUGAACUCAACGUACACACAAACACAUGUAGUCAUGGAAUAUUAAAGUAGAAAAGACACAUCAUCAAACCUCGUUGACACCCACACAAGCCACUGAGAUGCAGCUUCACCCCACAGUGCAGAUCUCUGCAUUUCUCAAAGAGAAAGAGACUGAGGAGGGAUUUAAAAAAAAAAAAGCAAAGGAAAGACCUCAAAUAUCCUGUAAGGAAGACAAAUGAACUCUCCUCUCCUCUGCUUGUGUUUCGCUCACCUUUUACUUUUCAGUUUGGAACCUGAGGACAUUUUUUUGCUUUUGUAUUUGAGCCAGUGUCGAUCUGAAUGCCAUGAGACUCAUCACUGAUCCAAACCAUGUUCUCCGGGAGCGUGUAAGUGACAGAGCAUCAGGAACACAACGUCCAUCAGCACCAUCGCUCAGUGGAUCAUAGACGAAAGUUGUCAAAUAUUUUUGACACUUGUACAGUGAAAUGCAGAUUGUACACUUCAAUUUCAGCUGGUCAUUUUCUGUGCAAGGGAAUGUAAGUGGAACCUAAGAAGACGCCCUGUGUGGAGCCAUUUGAAGAGAAAUUAAAUAGUGGAAUGUGUUCAAUCAGUGGGUUUAUUGUUACACACAAAAACAACAGGCUUGACAUGUUUGUUUUCAGUUUAUUUAAUCUUGUUUUCAGGUUUCUUUUGUCCCCGCUUAGUCCUGACAUAGCAUCAUUAAAAUGCCAAUAACUUAUAUGCAGAAGUGUAUGUUUGUGUAGCCCUUUUAUUUAUGCUUCCCCUAUGAAAUGAGCCGAACAACAAGACACCUAUACUAAAAACAAGGGACAUGAAAAGGAGUGAGAAGAGGAAAAAGCUACAUGCACAGUCUUAGAAGCCUCCUGUUAUCUGUUAUACUGAUGGUGUGGCCUCCUGUGUGUGUGUGUGUGUGUGUGUGUGUGUUUGUGUAAGUACAGAUUGAUCUCUGGUUGCCCAAGUGCUUCACUGAUGACUACCAGCCUUACACCAGCUUGCACUUAUCUGUCUAUACAUGGACCCAUACUUUGAAGUGCUAAAUAAAUGUAGACCCUUAAGGGCACUACAAUGGGGACCAAUAUUGUAAGUGUGUGUGUGUGUGUGUGGAUGUGUCUGUAACCUCUUAAGGACCUUUUCUGGCAUAAAUGCUGGCCUUGUGAGGACCAGCAGUCCUCAUGGAGACCAAAACCUGUGAGGCCAAACCUCAUUUCUGAGGAACUGGUUAAGUUUAUGGCCAAGAUUUGAAUGGUGGUUAGGUUAGACAAUAAAUGUAUAAAAAUGGUUAUGGUUAAAGUUAAGGAUAAUGCUUUAUUUAGGCUGUCAAAUCAGUGGAAAUCAAUGCAGAGUCCUGAGAAGAACAAAUGCACAAACCCGUCUGUGUGUAGCUGUGCAUGUGGCUUUUUCUCUCCACUUUGUUGGCUCAGCUAUAUCCCAUUGAUGCAAAAGUUCAGUCAAAAUAUUCCUGAACAAAAUCUCGUCUGCUGUUUCAUAAAAGAGCUCAACCGUCUUUGCUUGCAGUGGUGUUGCCUUCCACUCACAACGGACCAAGAGGGAAAACAAGCAAACAGCCAGUGACGUGACCUCAGCAAUUUGACCCUGUGUCUCUCUUCCCCACAGCAAUUGAAGUGCACUGAUUCAUAUCAGAUAAUUAUGACCCAUCAGUGUUAUAUCAGCUCUAUGGUCAUUCUCAUAACAUAAACCGCAAAGUGUAGUCUUAACAACCAUUAUUUUCAUUAUUGAUAGAUCUGUUGAUUAUUUUUGCAAUGGUUUUAUUGCUUUGUCCAUUAAACAUAGUCUGUUCACUGCUAUAGUAAAGAGUAAAGAAACAAAAUUCAUUGAUUAAUUCAAUAAUAGUAACUCUAGUAUUAACCAAAUGUAAGGAUCCAAUUGGUUGCUUUGCUUUGACGUGAGAUAUGUGGUCACACUACUCUCAAAAAUAACCUCUCUGUGAUUAGGAACAACUGUGUAAACUCAAAUGUAUCUUUGGCAUUUCUGUGCUGACAUUUCCUCUAUUUUCCAUGCAAUGUAUCUAGAAUAGUAAUCAGGACGCCCUGCCUCACAAUGAUGAAAGAGGCUAAAUUUAGACCCAAAUCUAAUGGCUUCUACCCUGGUCCAUGUCCCACCCGUCCACAGGGUUGUCAUCCUACAAAACAAACUAACACACGCUGAUGAACACAGCCUAUUUGAGCUGAUGGCUAAUAUGAUAUAAAUGUCUGCUUUGCUUGUGAGAUUGUGUAAAAUGUGAAGUGAUUUCUUUGACCAUGUUGAACUGAGCGUAGUUCACCUCGCAGGUCUCAGCCCAGAGGCUGGACAUGCAGAUAGUUCUGAUUUUACAUUACAAGUUCCACUUGAACUGAAUAAAUAAGUCUAUUAAAAAAAAAAAAA